CCGAUUUUUGAGUGACGUUUAUCGUGGACGGCUGUCAGGUUUGUUUGUAUUCAACUUUACGAAAGGAGUCGUAUUUAAUUGAACCAUAAUUUCGAUUAUUUUCAACAUUUUCACUCGUUGUCGCAUAAAAAUAUAAGUGGUGUAGUGAGUAUUUCUGAAGGUUUUAUUCACAGUGUUUUUAUUCAGAGAUAUCCGAAUAAAUAUCUUUGAAAAUGGUGUCAGGCGGGAUGACCUGUGUGAAAUAUUUACUAUUUUGCUUCAAUUUGCUAUUUGCGAUAUCUGGUUUGGCAAUAUUGGUAGUCGGAGUAAUCGCCCACGUUCAUAUUUAUGCUCAGUAUUCGAAUUUCGUUUAUCCAAGCUACCAACUCGCUCCAGUGAUUCUGAUCGCCGUCGGUGUCAUUAUUUUCCUGAUUUCAUUCUUCGGAUGCUGUGGAGCCGUUAAAGAAAACCACUGUAUGAUUAUAACUUUCUCGAUUCUUUUGGGAGUUAUCUUUGCUGCUGAAAUUGCUGCUGGAGUCAUCGGAUACAUUAAUCGUCACGAAGUUCAGGUUAUGCUGGACACCAAACUGAAUUCUACAAUGUAUAAGUACUACACUAGUACUGAUAUUAAGAAGACCUGGGAUGUUGCUCAGCACGAGUUGGAGUGUUGUGGAAUGAAUGGUCCGGACGAUUGGCAAAAGGUCAAUCAUAACAAUUCCCUUCCCCACACUUGCUGUCCAAAUGUUCACAAUCACGGUGUCUGUGAAAAGACUACAGUUGGCGUGUACAAAUCAUCUUGCAUUCAAAAGUUGAAGGAGAUGUUUAUGAACUAUGCAUCCGGUAUUGGGGCUGUUGGAUUGGGUGUUGCCGGAUUUCAGUUGUUUGGAAUUAUUUUCGCCUGUGCGUUGGCUCGGCACAUUCGCAAGGAAUAUGAAACAGUUUAAGCAGUAUCCAAAGGCACAAUAUUGUAGCUUAGUAACAUUGUCACAUCCACGGUACCUCUUGUUAUAUUUUGCAUACUUUUCUUUGUUGUUACGAAACGUAGUAGUAUUAUUUAUAUUUGUUUAUUAUUUAUUUUAAAUAACUAUUUUGGUUGUGAAAUAAGUUUAAAAUAAGUAUUUGUUUUGAUUAUAGUUGAAAGGAAUCUCUCUGUUUAUUAUAGGAAUAUGUCUUUGUUUUAUUGUCUAAGUUUUUUGAUACACUUUUUACAACUUAUAUAAAAAAUAAGUUUAUGAUAUUUUUACACAGAAUAUUUUUAAGAUUAAAAUAUUACAAAUUAUGUCUCAACUGUUCUCGAAUUCUUGCAUGUGUUCACUUUCACAGACUGAUUUGUUACACUUUGUCACAUUUGUAGUUUAUUACCAAUAGUUUAUAUUACUGUAAUAUUUUACUUCGAAUACAUAUGUAAAAAUAUUUCAAAACUUCAUACCUACUAGUGCCCAGAUGUUUAAAACAAUUAUUUUUAUUGAUCUCUGUUAAAAUAUAUUUUUACAUAUUUUAUUAAAUUUAAUAAUUAAUCUUCAUAAUAACACAAUAAUAAAUCAAAAAUAACAAUUUAUGCAUUGCACUAGUAAAUAGGAAAUUUUGAUAUAAAAUAGUGUGUACGCCAAUUUGAGCAUUAUUUUGAUAUAAUAUGUAUACUUCUAAUAAUUCGAAUACCUAUUUAAAUAUUUUUAUAUGAAAACGGAUCUACUUUGUUGGAAAAAUGCUCAAAUACAUUUUCUAUGAACGAAGUAUUUUCUCGUUGUUCAUUGUUUAUUAGAUCAAUGUCAUUAUAUACUAUAGAUCAAUGUAUUUUAGUCUAGAUUUGAACUGAAAUUGGUUUUGCCAAAAUUGUACCAAAAAUUAUUUGAACAUUAUUUAAAAUGUGUAAAAUUAGUCUUAAGAAAAUUUAUUCUCGUAUUUUUACUUUACACAAAGUAUUUAAUGUUACAAUAUAUGUAUGUAUUAAAUCUUUAAAAUCUAUAUAACCUAAUAAAUAUAAAUGAGUGGAGAA